CUUUCUUGAACGGUGAGGACCGACCAAGUCAAACGUUGACAAAACAGAGGCACUCAUACUGAAAGUACCGUCAUUAAAGACAGGAUAGAGUAUAUACCUUCUCAGCGCCAUGGAUAGCUCUAUGCUAGUGGCAGCUCAACUAUCGUCUUUGUAUCCGUCUGUUCACGCUGCAGCGGCCCCUGUCGACCCGCUAUUCUCUUACACACCGGAUCAGUCGAACCUCACCGAACAUUCGACGUUUUCAACGGUGUUUCACUCAACAACAACCGGUACCAUAUUGUUACGCGUACUCGAAGGUUCCUUGUUGGAGUUAGUGUCGCUGUCCGUCGACACAGUAGCCGCUCGUUUCAGUCUCCCGUCGCCCGUGCUGCCGUCUCCCGGAAUAUUCCUGUGGGAAGACCAGGAAUUGCACAUAAUAGCAGUGACGGUGUCCGGAUGCGUGUACCGCCUGGUGUUGCCUUUGCGUAAUAGUAAGGAUCUUUGGCGAGAUGAAAUCCACAACGUCUGGACGCGUGAAUACGUCAUUACGCAUCGAGUGGCAGGGGUGAACGGUGUUGUUCACAUCCACGGGACACACUGUGUAGCAAUCGGGUUGGGGAAUGGAUCUUUACUUAGACUGGAUACAGAAUACGUGGGAUCCGAGGGCGGUGAAGGAGAAUGGACGGAGACGCUUUUCACACCGGGCUCGUUUUUGUCUUCUUUGACCUCCUUCCUGCCCGCAAUUUCCACGGGGCCCUCUCAUGCCGCAGAAAUCAUUUCCAUUGCGACGCUCCCGUGGCCGACGGACAUUGGUUCAGUAUGGUCAAUUUCACGCGAUCGUGUCGUGAGAUUUUGGAAACCAAAGGUCGGCUGCGUGGCAUCGAAAGCACUCCCCGCAUUGCCUGGCAGAGACGUUGCGCCGUCGCCAGGCCCUUCGGCGAACGGAGGGAACAGCGCUCUUUUGGAGUCCGGUCGUCAAAACUUCCUACGUGCAAUUUCCGCCGAUUCCGACGAUGAUCGUGUUUACCUUCUUGCCUUCAUUCCUACUCCAACUCUCCACACGUCUGGAGGUAACUUCCAUCUUCUUGUCGCAGAUUCAGACCAUCUCCAAGAAGUUAGGACGAUCCCUUGUUCGACAGAGAGCGCCCAUUGCAGUUUACAAGACUUCAUAGUGAUCGGAGAAACCCUACAUGUUCUAUGGGAUCGCCAGGGUCAGUCUGUGGUUGACAGCGCCGUCAUACCCUUCCAAGACGCCGAUUUUGAACCCCAGUGGAAGUCAGCUUCUUAUCCUCACGAAGUCGAGCUAACCCCUACAUACCUGGAAGAGGUUCUUCUUCCGCCAGGAUCACUGACGGGCAAGUGCUUCGAAGUGAUAAUGAGACCCGGAAUGUUCUCCCCGUUCACGCUGCGCACGGCAAUUGAGGACUACACCAAUGGUUGUCUCUCCCUUCCUGGAACCCCCGCGCCGCAGUUGCAAGUGAAUUAUGCCACUGUUGGGGAGCAUAUUGCUGCCGUGGUUGGAUGCACAGUUACUCUUCACCAUGACCCACAGACUGGCGCUCUGCUACAUGCCGAAUACUGGAAUGCGUUCAAACGAGAUUGGGAAGGCUUCAUCGCUCUUUGCCGAGAGAUUGAACGUCGCUCUCGGCGACCUCUUGCGUUGGGUGUCGGGGCCAAUGGUGACGUCAUUGUCGUUGAACGAGAACGGGUCGCCUCUCUCGUGAACGAAGACUUGGCUAUUCACCUACACAACGCUCUCAGGUCUGAGGCCCCAGAGCUUGAACCCCAAUGGGAUAUUUUUGGCGCGAUGGAGAGUUUGCGCCGAGCGCUAGGCGUUCAGAUGAUGUUGAACUUGGAAAGCUGCUUGGUCGACGUCAUGCAUCAGGAAAUUGCAUUUUCUCUCGCUGAUAUCAUACAAGAUCAAGCCGUUCGUUUGAAAUUUAACGAAACGCUGGGCGACGACUUUCGUACUGGGUUAUUGGGCCGGCUUAGGGACAUGUCCAGCUUACCUGAUGAAGUUCGUGCUAUGCUAGAUUACGUGGGUGGACUGGAAACAGGCAUCAAGAGAGAGGAGGAUGCCCCAGCUUCUAUUCCCCCGCCUCGUUCACAAUGGACCAGAGCAAUCACGGCGUCAUACGUUAUAGCCACAACAAAUGCACGCUACAACCUGUGCUUAUCUAUCGUCACCCUUCUGUUCUUCUUGGCGCCAGAAAUAGGUCAAUGGGACCCGUCUUUGCUAGCCGAGGUUUUCGCUCUCUUUCGAGGGACUGCCAUUAUGAGAUACGUAAUUAGGCAACCGUCCAGUCUUCCCAUCAGGCCUCUUGUGGAGGAUGCUUCCGCAGCUGAUGAUGUUGUCUCGCUCAUGCAGAAUAUGCAUGUAUCACGGAAUCGCGGCGAGACUGCCCAAUCAUUCUCUCUCAUACAUCGACUCCUGGAUUAUUUCGGUGACAGCCAGGUUGGAUUGCCCGGGGCUGCCCAUGGUUUUUUGGACACAGCAGGACUUUUGCAAUCUGUCUCGCUCUCACAUGCGACUAGUAACGAAGUUGUAUUCGCUGAGAAGCUUAGGCAACUUGGAUACUUCCAAGCUGCCUUGCAGGUACUGUCUUGGCUUCCGAGAACUGCGGGAGUCAUUUACGUCCUGGCUCGUCUGUAUCUCAAUGUUGGUCGUGCAGAUGACGCGGCAUUCUUACUAGAAAAGCUUGCUGGAUGUUUAGGUAUGGAUGGUGCAAUAGCCGCUGCAGACAAGAUGGUAUUAUCACUCAUGACUGUUACCACAUUCUAUAUCCAUGCGGCGGGCCUUUUCAAGUCAAAAUCAUUGGUAUACCAGGAGACUGUCUUCACCCAGCUUGCGAUAUCCGUGGCCCCUUCGGAGAUAGACACUAUCACCCUGUGGGCGACGGUGAUCAGAGGGUAUACGGAACUUGCUUUGUACGAUGAUGCUUAUGCGGCUUGGAUUUCCACCCCCAAUGAGAAGCAAAAACGGGAAAAUAUUAGUCAAUUAGUGUAUCGAAUGUGCGAGGAUAAUGCUGCACAAAAACUGAUGACGUUCAAUUUUACGGGGUUCGCCGACGAGGUCGAAGAUGCUCUCUCAUUCAAAGUUCGCAAUGUGGAUCCUCGAAGCCAGCCGAACUACGCUAGAAUAUUGUACGGUUGGUAUACAAGUCGAAGCGACCACAAAAAUGAUGCGCCUACGUCGUUGGCCGACGACGCGUUACAGUCGUAUCUACUUGCGAUAAAUUCGCUGUCUCUUACAGACCCGAAAAAUGCCUGGAUUCUAAUACCUGGAUCUGUCGAUAGUGAGCAUGAGCCUAGGAAACGUCAAAAAGUCAAACGGAUACCAGAGUCGAAGUAUACUCCAGGUAAAUAUGAAAACGAAAUCGUCCAUCUGGAGGAUGUCCAGUACGAGUAUGCGCUUCUAUCUGCUCAGGUGGAUAUCGUCCAGCGCCACCCUUCUGCAGGCCAGUACCCCAAAUUCCCCCUUCCACCCGCCUCAAUCGUUCUCCGACUCGUUCAAUUAAAUUGCUUCAACCUCGCCAUGACUACUGCGCGCAGUCUUGAUGUAGACAUGUCUGAAUUGUUCUCUCGUUUGACAAUCCAAUGCUUGCGACUUUCGCGGGACCCAGACUCAUUAAGUCUGGAAGACCAUUCCGAAUGGUUACUCACCGACAAGGUUUCUUCCUGGUCUGGGACGCCAGCAGAGAAAGGAUGGAAGUUUCUCCGGCAUUCCCUUGUAUGCCAUGACUGUCCCGAGACAGACUAUCGGUAUUCAAAAAUCGUCCUGGAAACUAUAAUGCAACAUCAAAAGUCCCCUCCUCCGCCAUGGCUCGUCAGCUUGUUGGAAGCUCAUCAUCACGAGUACCUCAUUCGCAUUAAUCUGCGCUACGAAAACUUCAAUCGUGCUAUCGACCAUACCUUAUCUUUGAUACGCAAAGAAGACGCUCGUUUAGCGCGGGAUCCUCCCAAGAACACCUCCGCUACUUGGCUCCCUUAUGCGAUUAUUGAUCAAGUUAUCAUCGCAGCAGCAGAGCAAGAGGUAGAACCUCCACAGUUGUCGGUCCUCCGCUCCGAAAUUUCGAGCCGGAUGAAGAGGAUGCAAAAGCUCAGCGCGUUCAACUAAUCUUGUUUGUAUAUCAUCUAUUCUGUCGUACAUGCUGUCCUUUAGCUUUUGUCUUCAUCUAAUUUAUAUAUCCUCCGCCU